GAAAUGGACGCAUUCGAAGGAUGUUGGUUGCAAAAUUGCAAUUGCAUCGCCUGCGAGGGGGGGCUCAGUUAUGUCGGAUCUGGUCGGGAUGGCUGAGGGUGACACCACCGUCGUUUGCGCUCUGGAUUCCCACUCUCUUGACAUCGCCCACUGAACUCUUUUUCUCGUCCUUGGGUGGUCUGAUUGACUGAUCCCGAUGAACGCAGGCUCAAGAUCCGACCCGACCUGUCCUCGAGUUGCUGGUUUUUAACGAGAUUAGGGUAGUGGCCGUCGGCACUUAUAAAGGGUAUCUGUCGGUUUAUUCUUUGUCAGUGAUGGUAUAUUCUACACGCAUCCUACAAUCAAGAGUCCAUGAAAGGUGGAACUAAAGAUGAUCCAAAGACACAUCCUCAGAGGAGGUUUCUCUUAUCAUGGCUGAAGUACUUGCUUGUUCUGUUCACUCUGAUAUUCAGCUACCUAAUUUGCUGCCAAAGCCAAAGAGUUAUUGUUGAAAGAAACCCAACAAGAGAGGGUCAAGACAAUCAGGAAAAUUCUCAUGGGAGAUUGCCGUAUUGGUUAUGGAAUGUUAACUAGUAUGGAUUGUGUAUUGAUGCAGCAAUCACUGGAAUAAAUGCCUCCUCCAUUGAUGUAACUCUAGGAUGAUGCUCUCCAAGAUUCAGAGAAAUUGUAGCAUUUGAUUUUUUGAUGGUCAUCUGGCUAAAACAUCUGCUCAAAGUUAAUCUUUACCAAUGAGUACAAUAUUGAACGCUGGAAGUAAACAGAUAGCUGUGGACUCCAAAACUGGACAUCUCAACAAUUUCAUCAAGUGAAUCCCAAUGCAGGUUACUUCAUAUGCAUUUCUCUGACUAAUUACAAUCUCCAUGUGGUUUCUCUACUUUUUAACAUAAGAACAAUGAUAUGGCAAAACUUUUCUUUUCCUGCAUUGUGGAUCCAUUAUGUUGGUGAUGCUGUGGGGAGACCAAAUGAUCAAGUGAUGCCGAUAUAAAAUUUGCAGAGCUCAGCUCCACGUAAGCAAGGCUUGACGGAGUAACGGAAGAGGAAACGGAAUGCUGACAUUUUAUGACAUCAUCACAAGCAAAAGGGGCGGUUUGGAUGGGUUUGGUAAGUAGAAGAGGCUUGGAAUUUUCCUUUUCUGGUUAGUAAUAAAGUGGUUGGGUUUUU